AUGGAGAUUUCUGCAUACUACAGCGAACCCGACUCUCUUGACCUUUACAAUCAAGAUCUCAAGACGAUUCACAAGUGGGUGGGUCGGCGCCUUGUGUUCCGGUCGCUCCACAUCAUGAUUGACCGAUGCCCGCAGAUCCGCGCAGUUCCAGAUCGAAGGAUGCCGGGCCCGUCUCCAAAGAUGAUUGGGUCGCAAGAGAUCGAUAUGCAGCAAAGCUCCCAGAUGUGUACUGUACUGGAUGGUUUCGAGUUGAUUGAAUCAUGCACCGUUCAAGAAAAAAUCAGACCACAAUUCAAGAGUACUGUAGGCAUUUGCCAGGAUCAGCGGCAGAUCGUAGCUCGUACUUCCAUCCAUUCGGGGCUUCAGUAG